AUGUUAUCGUUGAGCUAUCGUUUCUCUUCUUUCGCAGCUUACACCCCUGGCCCUACUACACGUUCUCUUUCUCGGAGACUCUUGUUCCUUGUUCCAUCUCAAACACUAAUCUUCACAAAUCACUCUCUCUGCUGUCUAAAACCCAUCAAACCAAAUAAUAACAUUCGUUCUUCUUCUUCUUUCUCUAAAGAUUCUCCAUUUUCAGGUUUAGAGGAUGUUUUUGUGAGCUUCCUCUUUGGAAACAGAAAGGCAACGGAUGUUGCUCACAUGGUAUGGAAACAUGUUGUUCAGAAAGGAGACACAGUCAUUGAUGCCACGUGCGGUAAUGGAUUUGACACCUUAGAGUUGCUCAAUUUGGUUGUUGACGAUUCACAUAAUGGUUAUGUGUAUGCAUUGGACAUUCAGAAAGAUGCUUUAGCUAAGACUUCAUCGUUAUUGGAAGAAUCGAUUAAUUCCUAUCAGAAACAUGUCGAGCUCUUCAAUAUUUGCCAUAGUAAAAUGGAGGAAGUUGUUCAAAGGAAUUCCUCGGUUAGGCUUGUUGCCUUCAACUUAGGUUAUCUACCGGGAGGCGACAAAGAAAUAAUAACAAGAUCCGAAACGACAUUACAAGCAUUAGAAGCUGCAGAGAGAAUCGUAAUACCAGGAGGGCUUAUUAGCAUAGUCGUAUAUGUCGGCCACCCUGGUGGAAGGGAAGAAUUGGAGACUGUUGAAACUUUUGCUGCUAGAAUGUGUGUUGAGAAUUGGAUCUGCUGCAAGCUACAAAUGUUAAACCGGGCAGGUGCUCCAAUACCAAUUUUCUUAUUCAGAAGAUAA